GUGUGUGAUCCGAAGUCUGUCUGUUUCUGAGUAGCAGAGAGAGAGAGAAGAAAGAUCAAAGUCUUUGGAAUAGGAGAGAGAGAGAUGGGUGUGCCGGCGGCGAAUAGGGACGGCGAGAGUCCGAGGAGUCCAGAGGCGAAGCUGGGGAUGCAUGUAGAGGAUCUGUGGGACAUACAAGAGCCGCAGCUAUCUCCCACCGAAAAGCUCAAUGCUUGCUUUGAGAGUGUUCCGGUUUCUGACUUCCCUACUGCUCCUUCUAAUCAAGUGAUUGAGAUAAAGUCAGACACCAGUUUAGCUCAAGCAGUCAAAAUCCUGGCCGAACAUAAAAUUCUGAGUGCACCGGUGGUGGAUGUCGAUGCGCCUGAGGACGCUAGCUGGAUCGACAGAUACAUUGGCGUUGUCGAGUUUGCAGGGAUUGUUGUGUGGAUUCUACAUCAGUCAGAACCGCCAUCUCCAAGGAGUCCAAGUACUCCUACUAGUCCAUCUAGUGCAACUGCAAUUGCAGCGGCGGCUAAUGGAUUGAAAGGUCUUGAUCUUGCGGGACUAUUAGAAAACGGCUCUGACUUUGCUGCUGCAACUUCAGGAAAUUUUUUCGAGGCUUUGACUUCUUCCGAGUUUUACAAGAACACACAGGUUCGAGAUAUCUCAGGGUCAUUCCGAUGGGCACCAUUUCUGGCCUUGCAGAAGGACAAUACCUUUUUGACCAUGCUCUUGCUGCUUUCAAAGUACAAAAUGAAGAGCGUUCCUGUAGUUGAUUUAGGUGAAGGAAAGAUUGAUAACAUCAUCACGCAAGCUGCUGUCAUUCAUAUGUUAGCAGAAUGUGCUGGUCUUCAGUGGUUUGAAAGCUGGGGAACCAAGAAACUAUCGGAACUUGGUCUUCCCCUGAUGACCGCUGAUCGCAUUGUGAAGGUGUACGAGGAUGAACCAGUGCUCCAAGCAUUUAAGCUGAUGAGGAGAAAGAAGGUUGGUGGGGUACCUGUGAUUGAAAGUGGCAGUAGCAAGGCAGUCGGUAAUAUAAGCUUAAGAGAUGUUCAGUUCUUACUCACUGCACCAGAAAUCUACCAUGAUUACAGAUCCAUCACAGCGAGAAACUUCCUGACAGCUGUUAGAAGCCAUCUAGAGAAGCAACAUGAAGUCUACCCAUUGCUUAGUACUAUGGUAACUUGCAAAAGGGACGACACAAUUAAAGAUUUGAUUCUGAAGCUGGACUCUGAGAAGAUCCACCGUGUGUAUACGGUAGAUGAUAAUGGGAAUCUGGAAGGAGUCGUUACGUUGAGAGACAUCAUCUCGAGGCUAGUCCAUGAACCCCGUGGCUACUUCGGUGACUUCUUCGAUGGUGUUUUGCCCCUACCCCAAAGCACCAGGGUUUAAAAUGAGGUAUUAAGAAGAAAGAAUUCUGAUCUUUUUCUGAAUGAUUAACCACUUUUGGUUUUGGCUUUUGUAAUGAGCUCUUCCCUUGUGUCCUAUCACUGCCUGUUUUGUUGAAAAGGAAAUCGUCUGUAAAUAAUGUCCCUCAGUUUGACAGAGUUUUAGUCGCUGUAAGUUUGUUAUAUCCAUAAGCACCUGGCGAGCUUUUUGCAGUAACCAUGAAAUAAAUAUAGAACCUUCCCUUUCAGCUUAAAACGAUAAAA